AUGGCGUUCCCGCCAAUCCGACUCGCGAGCAUGGGCAUGUUCAUCAUCGAUUCGUUCCAAUACCUGGAUCCCACAACCGGUGCCGAUCUGGGUAACAGGGGGUUUCAAGACCAGAUUGGAGGUGGAGGCUGCUACUUUGCCAUCGGCGCUCGCGUAUGGCUCCCUCCUUCCGAGAUCCAAGUGAUCAUCGAUCGGGGUGUCGACUGGAGUAGCUCAGAUCAGGCUGUGCUCGACCAGUUCAAUCGUACUCCCUCCUCCUCACAGUCUCAAGUAUCAUUCUCCAUGUGGCACUACAGAUCAAGACCGGAUCGCACAACGAGAGCCCUCAACAUCUACAGAGGCGAUCAUCGUGGAUUUGAUUACCUGUCCAAAAAGAUUCGGCUUGAACCAAGUGACCUUCUUGCGUGCUCGCCCAGCGAUCCGCCAAGGCUUCCGCAAUGGAUCCAUCUCGUCUGUUCGCCAGAGCGCGCUCUUGAAACCAUUUCACAGGUCGAUGCCAUUCUCGAACAGCAGAAGCACAAACAAGAGCAAAAGCCAAGCUUUCCCAAACUCGUCUAUGAGCCAAUACCCGACUCGUGCAUCAUUGAGAAUCUUGAAGAUUGCCUUCGAGUUUUGCCAAGGCUUGCAGUGUUCAGCCCGAAUCACGAGGAAGCGGCAACGUUGCUUGGAGUGUUUGACCAAUGGCAAAGCGUUCUCGAGCGCGCCUCGGAGGACAAGGAGGCAUCAACCGAGAUCAUCCUCCGCUUUGUUUCCGACAAGCUCGCCGGUGGGUUUGCGAGACAUGUUUACAACCAAAUGCCUGAUGCAGUCAAGCAGGCUAAGCCCUUCGGCCCGAUCAUCUGCAUCCGAAGUGGAGCUUGGGGUUCCGUGGUGGGUCAAGCAGGUCUUGGGUUCUAUCACAUUCCAGCAUGGCACACAUCGUCAGAGUCCAUCAAAGACGUCACAGGAGCAGGCAACUCGUUCCUCGGAGGCUUGAGCGCCUAUCUCGUGCACACGGACAAUGACAACGCACUGGACCCGACAACAAGGGUCAAACAAGCAGCCAUGCACGGCGCGGUCUCUGCCUCACUCGUUAUCGAGCAGCUUGGCUUGCCUAGCUUCGAUGUGCAGGCAGACGAGGAAGUAUGGAACGGCGACGUCGCCGUGCAUCGUCUCGAUUCCUUGCGUAAUAGGGUUUGCCCGUGA